AUGUCGACAAGCAAAAGGCUCUCUCAAUCCCUAACCGGCAGUUGGAAGGAUGCUUCGACUUACUUUAGUCCUCCGACUUACGUCCCCUCGGCAGAUGAGGAUAUAGAGGAGUGGUUGGCAACUUGGAGAACAGUAUUCGCCCGUGACCUGAUUGAUUCCAGAAUAGUACCUAUCGAUGCAGAGACAAGUGUAGAAGAAGCUUGUGAAUUAUUAUUGGCGGAGGACAUUCCUUGCCUAGUCGUCAGGGACAGACAGUCUGUACCGAACGUUGGACUGCCCUAUCAUGGCCUAUUCGAUUUUGCUGAUGUUAACGCCUUCCUGACUUUGGCUGCUACCAGGCAUACCCUCUUGCCUGAAGACCUUCGUGAAAAUCCGCGCAUAAACGAUAUUGUAACAGCAGCCAAAGCUGGUCGGGUUCCGGUUCAUCUUGUCAGCAAUCUCUCUCAAAAGAAUCCGAUUGAGAUACUUCCCAACAAUGCCACAAUCUUGUCUUUGUUAGAGGUGUUUUCUAGGGGAGCGCACAGAACUUUAAUAAGGUCGUCUAUGAACCCGGAUGAAUUCGUCGGCAUGGUCUCAGAUCGUAGACUCUUAUCUUGGUUUGAUUCUUAUGCUCGCGAAACACCAUCGUUUCAGAAGUACCUCUCCAACCCUCUCCAGUCUCUUUCCCUCCCUUCCCUUAAUCUAAAUGCUGCAAUAGUUGCAUCAAAGUCGUCAGCUACUAUCUUGGAUGCAAUGAAACUCAUGAGCGAGCAAGGUGUCAGCAGCAUUGCAAUUACCGAAGAACAGCGGGGAAUCUUGCUGAGCGCUGUCAGUGUUACCGAUAUAGGAAAGAGUAACCAGGUUUUGGCAACACCUCUGCACCACUUUAUUGCUCAGAUCAAGGAAAUUGAUGGUUCAACAGAUGGUGCUGACAGAUACCCAGUUUAUUCCGUGUUCCCGUCCAGUGUACUAUCCUACACAAUAGAGAAGCUAUUGGCUACUAAUGCCCAUCGCCUUUUUGUGACAAGAGAAUCUGGGCUAGCUUCCCCGACACUAUCACCAUCCUCUCAAGGCAAUUUGACAGGGAUUGUAUCGAUAGUCGACAUAAAAAUGUGUGAUAUCAAUCACGCUGUUGGGUUGUCUGUUCCACCACAUACCCCUCAUGCAAUCUCGGUCUCUUUGCCGACUUGGCGCGACAAUGUUGGCUACGAAGAAGGGGAAAAACGUGUAGUGGAUAGCAUGGUGACAGGAUACCCAAGGUUCUUCAUCCACCUGAGCAUACAGAAGCUCGCUGCGAUCUGCGAACGCAAGUAUGCGGUCGGGAACGAGGCCUGCAUGCUAUUUGCUACACAGAAGAUCGCAGACUUGUGUCGCUCGUAUAUUCAUCAGAGAUCUGCCGCCCUUGGUACUCCAGUGAACGCUCGACUGGUUAACUUGUUCAUAUGUCCGCCAGACGAGGGGCAUGCCAACAUCGACAAGGCGAGUAUCGGCGGUUCUUGUGUGGAUUUGAAUAUCGUUUUGUUCCCAAGGGAGUCUUUCUCUGUGGCCAAAGAAUUCUGGCAACAUACUGGAUUGGGGAUUUCAAGCCGUCUUGCAGAGAAAUGUCUAUCUCUGUUGCCGAACUCUACCUCAAACUCUCAGCCCCUUGGUGGCCCAACGGCGAAGCGAAUUCCCGCUAAGGGGCAUAACAGACACUACUCCGCCAGCAAGACCUCUACCUCGUUCGUCAAAUCCAAAGACAUAUCCUCUUCAACAGCCACCGAUGACUCAAACCCCGAUUCCCUCUUUAUCGAGGAACGGUAUGGACGAAACCUUCCUUUGGAAGCCGCCGCCUUUGCCAAGCGUGCACUCCGAUUAAGAGUAGCUGGUACCAUUAGAGAAGGAGCGACUACCCCUACAUGCUCCGCGAAGGACUUCGAGAUUGGGCCUAGUACGCGAGGUAUCGCAGACGUCGCUGCCGACGAUGUCUACUUGCAGCCCAGUGGCAUGACUGCCAUCUGGAUGGCUCAUCAUAUGGCACUCUCUAUCCGACCUGCUGCUAAGAGUGUUUGUUUCGGAUUCCCGUAUACUGAUACCCUGAAAAUCCUUCAAAAGUGGGGUCCUGGAUGCCAUUUUCUGGGCUUCGGUAUCGACAGUGAUAUCGAUGAGCUCGAAAAAAUCUUAGAGGCUGAACAGAAACUCGAUCCUACGAAACCGCCUAUUCUCGCCCUCUUUACUGAAUUCCCUUCAAAUCCUCUUUUACGAUCUGCCAAUUUACCCCGUCUUCGUGCCUUGGCCGAUAAAUACGACUUCCUCAUUGUUAUCGACGAGACUAUUGGAAAUUUCGUGAACGUAGAAGUUUUACCUUUUGCCGAUAUUCUUGUUAGCAGCUUGACGAAGGUGUUCAGCGGAGCUUCCAACGUUAUGGGCGGGAGAGGGGCCCAUUACGCUGCCUUGAAAGACUGGCUCAAAGAUAACUAUGAAGAUAUCUACUUCGGUGAAGAUGCCAUCUACAUGGAACGCAACUCGCGUGAUUUCAAACGUCGCAUCCGCGUCAUCGACGCCAACGCCGAAGCCGUGUGCGACUUUCUCCAUUCCCGGUCUUUGGCUGGAGGAGCUUCUUCUGCGGCCAUUAAAAAAGUAUACUAUCCCAAGUAUAUCACGAGGGAGAACUACGAUAAAUGCCGCAUCAAGACAGUCGAUCCUGUCGAUGGCAAAGUUGGUGGAUUUGGUGGCUUGUUCUCGUUAACAUUUACGUCGCUCGCUGCGUCCGAAGCGUUCUUUGACGCUUUGCCGUGUUACAAGGGUCCCAGCCUCGGAACCAACUUCACUCUGGCCUGCCCCUUUACUAUCCUCGCGCAUUUUGGAGAACUGGAUUGGGCAGCCAAGUAUGGCGUAGAACAGGGUUUGGUUAGGAUCAGUGUUGGUAUGGAGGACACUGACACAUUGCUGAAGUCCUUCGAAAAGGCUCUGUCUGCUGCUGAGAGUGUCACUGCGUGA